GUCAUCACGAUGCGAUCGCAUGUGCCGGAAGUGUCCAAUUUCAGAUCGCACGGCCAAUACGUAAUGUCGACGGUACUACGAUAACCACAUGGUAACGGUAGUAAGAUGGCUUCGCCGAUUCCCUGCGUUGCUGUGAGAGGAUCCACUGGUAUAAAUGUAGCGCAUGGUCCACCAUCUUACGAAUCAGUCAAAACAUUUCCCAAAGAUGACAGCAGAACCUGUAAGGCUAUGCUCUUUAGUCCAGAUGGCCAGUACUUUGCAUGGAUUAAUGCUGUUAGUGUUAAAAUUGUACUGUGCGAGACCUGGAAGAUUGUUGCCGAAAUUUCGCGACCUAAAAUCUGCUCUAUUCAAUUCUCUCCCCGUAGCACAUAUCUUGCAACUUGGGAACCAUCUUUUGUAACGCAAACGAAUUCUCAGGGAACACAAAAUCUUCACAUAUGGAAAUCUGAAAAUGGUGAAUUAGUUCACAGUUUUAUGCAAAAGAAACAAAUUAAUUGGGAACCACAAUGGUCAAGUGAUGAAAAACUUUGUGGAUUAUUAAAUGGUGCAAAUGUUCUUUUAUAUGAAGAUAACAAUUUUGAUAGAUAUGUACACAAGAUAAGUGUAGCCAAAGUUGCCAAAUUUAGUAUAGCACCUGGUAAUGCUCCUUACCAUAUUCUCUGCUAUAUGCCUGGAAAGCCUGGUCAACCCUCAUUUGGAAGAUUAUUUCAAUAUCCAAAAUUUGAGAUUGGAGAAGCACUUGCGAGUAAAAGCUUUUUUCAGGCAGAUAGAGUUGAUAUUUAUUGGCAUCAACGUGGGACAAAUGCAUUAUUGAUGGCAAGUACUGAGGUUGAUAAGAGUGGUGCAUCAUAUUAUGGAAAACAGACAUUGCAUUAUCUCAGCACGAAAGGAGAUACUGCUAUGGUUACGCUCAGUAAAGAAGGUCCUAUACAUGCGGUAGAAUGGUCUCCCAAAAAUACUGAAUUCUGUGUGAUAUAUGGUUUUAUGCCAGCUAAAGCAACAUUGUUUAAUCUUAAAUGCGAAGCGAUUUUUGAGUUUGGAACGUUACAUAGAAAUAGCAUAUAUUACAAUCCACAUGGCAACAUAUUGCUUUUGGCUGGAUUUGGCAAUCUUAGAGGCGGCAUUGAAUUAUGGGAUAUCGCUAACAAAAAACUUAUUGCUAAAACUGAUGCACCGGAUACUACACUACUCCAGUGGUCGCCGGAUGGUGAACAUUUCGUAACAGCAACUACAGCACCUAGAUUACGAAUGGGCAAUGGAUUUAAGAUUUGGCAUUACACUGGCUCAUUAGUAUAUCAACGACCUUGGAAUAAUCAAGAGGAACUGUGGGAGGUGAUUUGGCAAAAUUUCCCUUUGAAUACUUUCCCACUGAAACCUAUUAAUUAUAAAGCAGUCGAGGGUAUUGUCUCUAAUCCUAGUCAAUCGCAAGCACCGAAAGAAGCAUAUAGACCACCGUGUGCCAGAGGACAAAAUAUCACAUUUAAAUUACAUGAUGACAUAGAGCCACCUUCUAAACCUACCGUAGAAUCAAAUCCAUCGAAAGCUGCAUUGAAAAUGAAGAAAAAUCGGGAAGCGAAAAAGGCUAAAAAAGAAUUAGAAUCUAACAGUACUACUGUUAAUGGACAAGUUACAAGCACAAUGACAAGUAUAAAAAUGGAAUUAACGGAUGAUCCUGAAAAGAAUAAGAAAAUAAAGAAAGUGAAGAGCAAAUUAGAUCAAAUUUCUAAAUUGAAGGAGCAGUUGAAGUUGGGAAAACAAUUAGAAAUUAAUCAACUAGAUAAGAUCAAGAAAGAAGAUGAAUUGCUAAAAGAACUUGAAGAGCUUACUUUAUGAUAAACAAUUUAGAUGUGAUGAACAGAAUUAACUUGCUAAACGAAGAAAAAAAAUUACUAUUAAAUGGGUUUUUUUUUCUUUUUUUUUUAUAAAGUAAAAUGACUGGAGGAAACACAUGAGUGUAAAUCAAAUUAUUCAUCCUGACAACCUGAAAAAAUGGGAAAAUUAUAUCAUGUGUGAUAUUGUAAGAUAAAGAUAAGCUGGAAUCUCUCGAGAUAGUUAUAAAUUCAAUUGAUAAUGCAUCCAAGGAUUGUGUUAGCGCGCAUAUAAAUAAGAGUAGAUAAUCAUAUUUUAAUAGACAGAAAGCUAAUAGUAUUUUAAGUACUAUUAGACAAAUAUGUUUAUUGUUAUGUAUUUUAUGAUUUUGCUAAAAAUUAAUAAGAUAGAGAUAGUUGCAGUGCUUAUUAUCAAUUUUAGUAAAAAAUUAUAAUUGAUUGUGUGCAAUCCAAUAAUUAUGAUCAAAAUAAAAGCUGUCUACUGUGUAGUAGACAGUUCACUACUCUAGCUAAAACUAUCAGAUCUUUUUCAAUAGAAAUAUGAAAAGUAAAUGUAAAAAUGUGAGAGAAUAUUGGAAUUGUAUGAUUUGUCUUUUAUUUUUUUUUUCUUCUGAGAGAUUAGUUUUAAAAUAUAAAGUAA